AUGGAAUGUUGUGGUAGUAAUUUAUAUUUGAUAAAAUUUCGUUUUCGUGAAUACGUUGCAUUAAGAGAGGAUGUAGAUGAAUUUUCGUCAGUGCAACUUGUCGGUGUUGAAUUUCCAGAAAAUGAAGCUGAAUGGGCAACUAUUGCAAAAGACUUUUCACAACUAUGGCAAUUUAAAAAUUGUGUGGGAGCAAUGGAUGGCAAGCACAUUCACAUCAAGAAACCACCCGGAACAGGAUCAUGUCCUCAUAGCGUUGUUUUAUUUGCUGUGGUAAACGCAAAGUGCGAAUUCAUAUAUAUAAAUACAGGAACUAAUGGGAGAGUAUCUGAUGGUGGUAUAUUAAAGCGGACAAAUUUUUAUUAUAAAUUGCAAACUAAAUCUUUAACUUUGCCACCUCCAGUUGAAUUAGAACCAAAUAAACCCAAAGUUCCCUUUGUAUUUAUUGGAGAUGAUGCAUUUGGCCUUGAAGAAAAUCUUAUGAAGCCAUACAAAUUUAGCAAAACCUCAAGAGAAGAAAGAAUUUUCAAUUACAGACUUUCGCGAGCGAGACGCGUUGUUGAAAAUGCUUUUGGCAUAUUGGCAUCACGUUUCAGAGUCUUGCUUACGACCAUAAAUUUAAACGUAGAAAAUGUCGAUGCAGUUGUACUUGCUUGUUGUGCUCUGCACAAUUUUUUAAAAAAAGAAAAUUCAGAAUAUGCCCCAGCACGAUAUAUAGAUCAUGAAGAUACAGAAUCUGGCACUUUAAUAAAAGGAGAAUGGCGCAACAGCGGUGCAUUAUUAAAUAUUCAACAAGCUUCUCCACAAAAUUUUCCUGUUGAAGCCCGAAACAUCAGGGAAACCUUCAAAGAACUUUUUAAUGGCUCCGGAAAACUUUCUUUUCAAGAAAGAAUGAUUUCUAAUGAUCAAAAGUUUUAAAUUCUAUACAUAUGUAUG